CCUUACACUCCCUCCCACCCACACUCCCUCCCUCGCACUCUGCUCCUCAGCUAGUGAUUUGAGGAAGUGACAUUUUAUCCGCUGCGGUCGGGACAGCCGCUGCAAACAGGUGUGCUGUCGUCCGUCCGGCCGGCCUGGGUCACUCGCGCGCAACCAAACCGCGUCCCGGAACACGAACCGAUCCACAUCGGACGUGGGACGGCAGCGGCGGCGGCGGCGGCGGCGGCGGCUGCGGGGCGGGAGGGGGGAGGAGGAAGCCGCUCAAGUGUGCUCUUUAUUAGCCGGGCUGUUGGAUCCAGACGUGGAAGAGGAGAGAGAGAGAGCGAGAGGGAGAGAGAAAGGGAGCGAGAAGGGGGAGCGAGGGCGAGCAAUGGCAACGAAGAAGGCGGCGUGCGUGGAUGCUCCCAAAAGGAGCCGGAGCCGGAGUCCGGUCGCGUUGGAGGCGGAGAUGUUCACUGAAUUUCAGGACUGGUGCCUCCGCACUUACGGAGACUCUGGCAAAACAAAGACCGUCACCCGGCGGAAAUACAACAAAAUCAUGCAAACCUUGUUGCAAAACGACGAGUCGGACGGCGUGUACGUGGACAACAGCCACAUUAACGCCAAAUUCAAAUUCUGGGUCAAGUCCAAAGGAUUUCAGGUGGGGACCAACGUUUUGGGAGAGCACAACAAGAAAGGAGCUCCGGGGAAGCCCGUGCUGUACGUCCCGGUCAAGUCAACGUGUUCGGACGGCAAUUCAGCCCAGGAUAAUUCGUCCCUGAAGCGUGUGGCUGUGGUGGAAGACUUCUUUGACAUCAUCUAUGCCAUGCAUGUGGAGAUUGGCGCCGACCCUGGCCGGGCCCCCAAACAUGCAGGCCAGAAGAAGACCUACAAAGCGAUAGCGGAGACCUACGCCUUCCUGCCUCGAGAGGCGGUCACUCGCUUCCUAAUGAGCUGCGGCGAGUGUCAGAAGAGGAUGCACAUCAACCCCAGCACCGCAGAGUUCAAAGAAAAUGACCGUCCAACCUCUCUGGUCCCUGACCAGAUUGACUACAAUAUGCCCCUGACUGCCACCUACCUGAAGCAAAUGAAACUGCAGUGCAUGACUGCCACUGAGAGGGAUGACUCAUCGGUGAGCAGCGAGGACAUGAACGGCACUGAGCCCGCAUGGGCGGCAGCUGAGCAGCCGCCAGCGCCUGAGCCUGGUCGUCCGAAUGGAGCGAGGCUCAGCAACCUCGCAGCUGCCGUCAAAGAAGAUGACGCAGACGAUGACUCCUCGGAGAGCAGUAGUGGCAAUGGGGUGACACUGUCCGAGGUGCAGCCCGCGGGCGGGAACCCCCCGGAGGGUGGUGCCUCAUAUGGGGAGGUGCCCGAGAACGGCUUGAGCGCUCCUCUGGACUUCAGCACCGCCUUGUCCUCAUCCUCUUCGGAUGACCAACAGCCGGUCAACCUGAGUGACCGAUUGCUGCCCGCCGGCUGUUCGCCGCCAAACUCGAUCCUGGCAGACCCGAACAGGAAGUACCCCAUCAAAACAGAAUAUGCUAAGCAGUCACCUCCGUACAGCUCAGGAAGCUACGACUCCGUGAAGACCGAACUGAGUGCGUGCGCUGAGGAUUUGAGCUCUGGCCGCGCACAGAUCAUGGACGAAGACGACGACGAUCACGAUGACCACGACGACAGCGAUAAGAUCAAUGACGCCGAGGGGAUGGACCCCGAGAGACUUAAAGCCUUCAACAUGUUUGUGCGUCUGUUCGUGGAUGAGAAUCUGGACCGCAUGGUGCCCAUCUCCAAACAGCCCAAGGAGAAGAUACAGGCCAUCAUGGAAUCGUGCAGUCGCCAGUUCCCCGAGUUCCAGGAGCGUUCCCGCAAGCGCAUUCGCACCUACCUCAAAUCUUGUCGUCGCAUGAAAAAAAGUGGUUUUGAGAUAAGACCAACCCCUCCUCACCUCACCUCUGCCAUGGCUGAAAACAUCCUUGCCGCCGCAUGCGAGAGCGAAACCCGAAACGCCGCCAAGAGGAUGCGGCUCGACAUCUACCCAGCGGACGAGCCCGUCCUCGCUGAGAAGCCCUGCACCAGGGAGCCCGCAUCUGUGGCCCCCUCUGGCUUCGUCAUCUCCAGCACGGCUUUUGCCCAAGACCAGCUCUACACCAAUGGAGGCCUCAACUACAACCUGCGUGGCUACGGCAACGUCGCCGGCAACCAGCAGAGCGCGGCUGCGGCCCAAACCAAUGGUCCAACAGAUCUGAGCAUGAAGUCGGUGGCUCCAAACUCCUCUUCCUCCAGCUCCAAUAGUCACGGGCAGGGGGGCGGCGGCGGGGGGGCUUCGGCUCAGCUCAGCCCUCCGGAAGUGACGGCGGUCAGGCAGCUCAUCGCCGGCUACCGGGAGUCAGCCGCCUUCCUGCUCCGCUCGGCCGACGAACUGGAGAACCUGAUUCUGCAGCAGAACUGAGCACCGGCCGGAACUCGGCCUGUAUGUCCGUCCGUCCGUCCAUCUCCGCGUGUAAAUAUGUCACCCUGACAUGCAAGUCUUGACGCUGUUGGACAGAGGCACAAGCAAAGGGAAGUGGUACUGCCAAGCACAGCAGGUCCUGUAAGGUACCUUGACACAUCCCACACGACUCCUUAUGCAUUCGCUUCCCUUUGAUCUCAGUGCUCUGUCUUCUGUCGGCUCACUGCUAAGUUUCUCUCACCACCUCAACCCCAUUUGUCUCAGGAAGUGAUGAUGUGUGGAGAAAACGAAUCCAAUCGUCCAUCUAGUGCCGUUUUUCCCAACCUUUAAUGAGCCGAAGCUCAAGAAAAAUCUCUCAGAAAACCACCAGACUGAACGAACUCGUCACAGAAAGUGUUUCAAAUGAUGACGAUCUCGUCUCAAUUUACUGACAAAUGUACUCAAUCUGUGUGGGGGGGAAAAAUGAGACCAAGAUAAAUCAUUUCGAAACUUGUUCUUCCAUGAAUGUGACAUAACCUUUACAACUCGGUCGGGAUGUUUUUAACAUCUUUGUGAAAAGCUAAGUGAAGGGAACAACUGUGACGAUGAGGUUGCACAAGUGUGCACACCCUCUUUAUAACUGGGCAUGUGGCUGCGUUCAAAAUCAACCACUCACAUGUAAACUCAUUUUAAAAAGGUCAGCACACAACUGCCACCUCUUAUAGUGCCUCUGAUUAACCCCAAAUAAAGUUCAAAUGCUCUAGUAGGCUUUUUAUAGCAUUUUUUUUUCCUGCCUGAAUGUUUUGUGAUCAAACUGGCUGCUUUUUUGAACUGUUCACAAG